AUGAUAUUGUCAAAUGUGAUAAGAGUGGCACGACAGCCCCUGGAUGUUUUAGAACACUUCCAAAGAGCCCUUAGACCCUUACUCCUGCAGUGUUUAUUGAAUCUGUGUGCACCCAUCACCAAAACUGGUUUCCCGAACUUUGAAGUUGUAAAUAUAACAUCUGAAAGCUUGAACUAUGACGUUAUUGUAGGUGAUGAGGGAUGCUUUACAGCCUCUCGUCUUCCUGGAACACAUCCACAGAGCCUUGGCACCCCUGCUACUACAAUGUCUAUUAAAUCUGUACUGACCCAUUGUUAUAACCGGUUUACCGUACCUUGA